GGGGGGGGUGGUGGUGGUGGUGGUGUCGCGUUCGAGUGGAGUUUGCCGCCAUUUUGUGUGGGCGCCAGGCGCGGGGGCCGCUGCUGCUGCUGCUGCUUCCCGCGGGGGGGGGAGGCGAAACCGACCCGAGCCCGAUUGCCUGAGCCCGAGCGACAGACACAGACGCGGGCCUGAGCCUGAGCCUGAGCGCCGAGAACAUGCCGCAGAACCCGGUGCGAGUGGCCGUGGUUUGCUCGAGCAACCAGAACCGGAGUAUGGAGGCGCACAACAUCCUGAGCAAAAAAGGGUUCAAUGUUCGAUCCUUUGGAACAGGGACGCACGUGAAGCUACCGGGACCAGCUCCAGACAAGCCAAAUAUAUACGAUUUCAAAACGACAUAUGAUCAGAUGUACAGUGAUCUCCUUAGGAAAGACAAAGAACUAUAUACACAGAACGGGAUCCUUCACAUGUUGGAUAGAAACAAGCGGAUAAAAUCUCGACCGGAGCGUUUCCAGACGUGUAAAGAUCAGUUUGACCUGAUCGUAACCUGUGAAGAGCGGGUUUACGAUCAAGUGCUCGAAGAUCUAAACUCGAGAGAACAGGAGACAUUCCAGCCAGUGCAUGUCAUAAAUGUGGACAUUCAGGAUAAUCAUGAAGAAGCCACACUUGGAGCUUUUCUCAUUUGUGAACUGUGCCAAUGUAUACAACGUACGGAGGAUAUGGAGAACGAAAUAGAUGAGUUAAUCCAGGAAUUAGAAGAGAAAAGCACGAGAACCUUUCUGCACACAGUCUGUUUCUAUUAAGCUUGGGGAGCGGGGGAAAUGGACAGACAGACAGACAGACAGAUGGGUGGCUUGCAAACCUGUCAGCUCCUUAAUACUUUCCGACCUGUACAUAAUUUAAUUAUAGAAAAUUUAAGUUUGAAUUCGCCACUGAUUUAAGAAGAGAGAGAGAGAGUGUGGGGUGGGGUGGGGUGGGAUUGCGGGGGUUGGGGGGGGGCAAAUACUGCAAAGCGCUUCAGUUUAAGGUGUUGCGUGGUGGGCCUUUUUUUUUUUCUGUUUCGGGUUAAAACUAUACGAAGAGGAAUGAGUGUUUAUAACGAGAGGGAUGGGUGGCACAGGAGCUUGUUGUUCCUGCGCGGACCCGCAAAUGUAAGUUGAGGGGCGGGCGGGGGUGGGGGUGGGGGAAGGGGGGAAAUCGAUGGAAAUUUACUCAUUAAAAGUCUUUGCAGAAGAGCAAAA